AUGUCGUACGAAAGAGCGGAUGUAUACGGAGCGCCAGUUCUUCCUGGAGAAGAGCCCCAAGAUAACUCAUUCAAUGAAGUCACAAAGGCUUUCAGAAACUUCAUCUUGGAAUUCCGUCUCAACAGUCUGUUUGUUUACAGAGACCAGUUGCGUGAAAACUUGUUGAUUGGCAAUUACUACCUUCGGGUCAACUCAGAACAUCUAAUUGGAUAUAAUGAAGAACUCAACAAGAAACUCACAGACGAGCCCACAGAAAUGGUCGCGUUAUUCGAAAACGCCAUCACUGAUAUUGCCAAGAGAAUCGCGUAUCUUUCGAACGAGGAGAUCCCUAAGGACUUUCCAAUUUGUCAGUUGAUCUUGUACUCUAGUGCCAGUCCCAUUUCUAUCCGUAAUUUGGACUCGGACCAUAUUUCCAAGAUUGUGCGUGUCAGCGGAAUCAUUAUUUCGGCCUCUGUUCUUUCAUCUCGUGCUACACUGGUGCAGUUGAUCUGUAGAAACUGUAAGCAUACUAUGAAAAUGAAGGUGCCCUCGGGAUUCGGCCCACUCCACUUCCCACCCCGUUGUUUGGCAAACCACAACCACGACGAGUCGCAUUCGGCUCAGAAAUGUCCUCCCGAUCCAUAUGUCGUCGUCCAUGACAAAUCCACAUUCAUUGACCAACAGGUUCUCAAAUUGCAAGAGGCUCCAGAUGCUGUGCCCGUGGGUGAGAUGCCUCGUCACAUCUUGGUCCAUGUCGACCGUCAUUUGACUAACCAGGUUGUUCCAGGUACCCGUGUUACUCUUGUAGGCACUUACUCCAUCUACCAGUCAAAGCAAAGAGCCUCUUCAAGUGUAAGUUCCGUGGCGAUUAGAAACCCAUAUCUCAAAGUUUUGGGUAUUCAAACCGACAUUGACACUGCUGCCAUGGGUCUCACCUUCACUGAGGAGGAGGAAGAGGAGUUCUUGCGCUUGUCGCGGAUGCCAAACUUGUAUGAGGUGUUCUCAAGAUCGAUCGCGCCUUCUAUCUACGGUUAUGAUGACAUGAAAAAGGCAGUGACUUGUUUAUUGAUGGGUGGAUCCAAAAAAAUCUUACCAGAUGGUAUGAGAUUGAGAGGUGACAUCAACGUCUUGCUCUUAGGUGACCCUGGUACUGCCAAGUCGCAGUUGUUGAAAUUCGUGGAAAAAAUCUCACCAAUUUCUGUCUACACUUCUGGUAAGGGUUCUUCUGCAGCUGGUUUGACUGCCUCUGUCCAGAGAGAUACACAGACCGGUGACUUUUAUUUGGAGGGUGGUGCCAUGGUGCUUGCCGAUGGUGGUGUUGUCUGUAUCGAUGAGUUUGACAAAAUGAGAGACGAAGAUAGAGUUGCCAUUCACGAAGCGAUGGAACAACAAACAAUCUCGAUCGCUAAGGCUGGUAUCACAACUGUUCUUAACUCUCGUACGUCCGUGCUUGCCGCAGCCAACCCUAUUUUCGGUAGAUAUGAUGACUUUAAAAGUCCCGGAGAAAACAUUGAUUUCCAAACAACCAUUCUUUCUCGUUUUGACAUGAUCUUUAUUGUCAAAGAUGACCACAACGAAGCUCGUGACAAAUCGAUCGCCCAGCACGUCAUGAACAUCCACACUGGUCAAUCUUCGCUGAAUCCUGAAGAGCAAGAUGGCGAAAUUCCAAUUGAGACGAUGAAAAGAUAUAUUCAAUAUGCCAAGGCGAAAUGCGCUCCUCGUUUGAGCGAUGCUGCCUCAGAGAAAUUGUCUUCGCAUUUUGUUGCCAUCAGAAGAGGGUUGCAAGUUAUGGAACGAGACCUCAAUGAGAGGUCGACAAUCCCAAUUACUAUCCGUCAACUUGAAGCCAUUGUUCGUAUCACAGAGCUGUUGGCUAAACUCACAUUGUCGCCGAUUGCAACAGUAGACCAUGUUGACGAAGCUAUUCGUCUCUUUACAGCUUCUACGAUGAAUGCUGUCGAUCAAGGAGUUCAAAGUGGCAGUUUGAUGACGUCUGGUAAGUUGGCAGAGGAGAUCAAACAAAUUGAGCAUGACAUCACCCGGCGUCUCCCAAUGGGCUGGACCUGUAAUUACCUGACGCUCAGACGAGAAUUUGUUGAGCAGGGCAAAUUUUCAGCCGAAGGUCUAGAUAAGGCCUUGUUUGUCAUGGAGCGCCAUGAGAGAAUUCGGUUUUUCCACCAACGGAAGAGCAUCAUGAGAAGCGGAGUUUAG